GGGAAAGGUCGUGUUCUACCUUGAACCUGACGUUCACUGGAGUACAGACCAGUCAGGCAGUUGCAAAUGUUUGCUUUUAAACUGGUUGUCAGGCUGGAACAGCUGAUGACAUCAUGAGCUUCCACCUUGCUGAUUGGAAGGAGCCACACUCCGAGGUACUCGGUGAUAGAUACAGUGGAUAACAGCAUCUUCUCAGCUUUGUCCAUUCGUGACUUCUCUUGGGCCUUGGGAGAAGUGGUCUCAGCCAGAGCCCAGAGGAAAGGGCUUGGGCAGAUCAGAGUCUAGGUUUGGUGGAAGGGAAGAAAAACUUUGGGAGAAUCAUGGCCAAUUCUCAACCAUCUUCUCAAUCUGAGGACCAGAGUCCCCAGCCCUCAGGCUACUCCUCCGAGGUAGUGGUGGAAGAAGAUGUGCCAGGGCCAUCAGGCUUUCUUUACUCAGCCCCAUGGAUGAGCCCCAGGCCCCAGCCUCAGUGCUCUAGUCUGAAGAGGAAGAGGGACUGGUCAUCGGAUUCUGAAUCAGAGGAGGAGCCAGAUGAAGAGCUGGUACAGGAGAAGGCGCUGGCCUCCAAGCCCAUGUGGUGUGUGGAGAAGCUCUGUGGGCUGAAGAUGAGGAUCAAGAGGCGGCGCCUGUCACGCGUGCUUCCCGUGCAUCACCAGGUCUUCACCCAGCUGCUUGAGGAUCCAGUGGUGAAAAGAUUCCUGGCCUGGGACAAGAAACUGAGGGUAUCUGACAAGUACCUCCUGGCUAUGGUCAUAGCUUAUUUCAGCCGUGCUGGCCUCUUCUCCUGGCAAUUUCGGCGAAUCCAUUUCUUCCUGGCUCUCUACCUGGCCAAUGACAUGGAGGAGGACAACCAGGCCCCCAAACAAGACAUUUUCUACUUCCUCUAUGGAAAGAGCUAUGCAGAGCGCCCCUUGUUCCACAGAUUGCGCUACCAAUGGAUCCGGUCCAUGGGCUGGAAUGUUCGGGUUUCCCGGGAGGAGUGCGAGGAGAUUCAAAGUUAUGACCCAGAUCUCUGGGUUUGGGGGCGAGACCGUGACCGCUUGCCCUAGGCAUCCUGGGACUGUAAGGGUCAUCAGCCUGAAGAUUGCUGGACCCAAGGAAAUGUACCUUUUCAACAGGAAGUCUAACCAACACUUAUGACAACAUGAAGGAAGAGAAGAGCCUUCUUACAGAAAAUCUAGAAAAACCCAGGCUUUAUUAGAAACACCUGCAUAAAAUGGCUAUGAACCCUCCUGGGAGCCGAGGGUACAUUUAGGAUCUCCUGGAGGGAUGAUGACAAACCAGGACUCUUUCUGAAUCUCUCCACCCUCCACCCCCCACCCCGCCAAAGCACCACCUUACUUUUAGAUUGUUAAGAUUCUGGUCUCUCCAAAAUUGAAGGUCCUGAUU